UCAGCGACGAACACUGAGGCUUUUGACGUAAACACAGCUUGAAGUGAGUUAUAUUUAGUUUUGCUUUGUUUUGUUUGUUUUUUUCGUCAAUAGUCUGACUUUGGAAUACAUUAUUUAAGAGUGUUAUAUUAAGUGCAGACAAACUUGAGAUUGUCAUCAUGUUUCAUGGAAUACCUGCUUCAGGAGGGAUGGGAGGAGCUCCAGCCAAUAAGCCGGAAUUAUAUGAGGAAGUGAAGCUGUAUAAAAAUGCCAGGGAACGGGAAAAGUAUGACAACAUGGCUGAGCUGUUUGCUGUGGUGAAGACUCUCCAAGCCUUAGAGAAAGCGUACAUUAAGGACUGCGUGACUCCCAAUGAAUACACAGGCGCCUGCUCCAGAUUGCUUGUACAGUACAAGGCUGCUUUCAAACAGGUCCAGGCAUCAGAUGUUGGCUCAAUCGAUGACUUUUGUAGGAAAUACAGGCUCGACUGUCCACUAGCAAUGGAGAGAAUAAAAGAAGACCGCCCAAUUACCAUAAAGGAUGACAAGGGCAAUUUGAAUCGCUGCAUUGCGGACAUUGUAUCUCUCUUCAUCACCGUCAUGGACAAACUGAGGCUGGAGAUUCGAGCCAUGGAUGAGAUCCAGCCAGACCUUCGGGAGCUGAUGGAGACGAUGAACAGAAUGAGCAACAUGCCACCAGAUUCAGAGGCUAAAGACAAAGUCAAUCUUUGGCUGACUACGCUGAGCAGCAUGUCUGCCUCUGAUGAGCUGGAUGACUCACAAGUUCGCCAGAUGCUUUUUGACCUGGAGUCUGCCUACAAUGCCUUCAAUCGGUUCUUACACUCGUCCUAAACAGCACUCUUCCACUUGCAUAAAACUCGCUUUGUAACCAACCUGAGUUCCCUUUGCUCUUUCCUAUGAUACAGAACUCUGGUAUUUGGGAUUAUAGUGACUCCCUGAGAUCGAGCUUCGAUGUGGUGUGGAAUAUCUCUGUAUUGAUAUUACUGUUCACCUCUUCGUUUCAUACGUCUAACUUAUAUAGUAGAAUUUAACAAACAACUAUUUCUUUAUAGCCCUGUUUCAUAUCUUCUAGCUUCCUGCACCCUCUUGACAGAAGUCCUGUAUAUUCAUAUGUUUUCGAGAAUGCAACAGUGGUUAAUUAGGUCAUGCAAUAAAAACACAUGGGAAAUUUUUAUCAAUCACUAAAAAUCUGGAGUUAGAAUUAGAUUUUAAACGUGUUUAAAUUUACUUACCUUCUGUCCAGUUUUCCUUUUGCAAUGAUCAUAUUUUUGCAUUUUGCAGUAAAACAAUAAUCAUUUUGGUUUGCAUUAAUUAUAAUGUCUUUCAGAAGCUCAUAAUGUCAUUAAAUUGCUGUGUCUGUCAGUUUAUUAGGUACUAGAGUGAUAGUACCAGAAGGCAAUUCAGUGUAUACACUCAGAAAAAAGGGUACUAAACUGUACACUGUAUCUUUUGUAUCUUUAGUGUGUAUCUUUUACCUGCACAGGUGCAUGAAGUGUACCUUUAUUACUUUAAAAAACACAAUUAAAGGUAAAACUGUCAUCCUUAAGGUGCAACUAUAUUAUUUACGUAAUUCUUAAAGGUCCACUACAUUCACUUUACCAUAAAUACUGCAGGAACAAAAGAUGUACUCUAAAGGGGAACCACCCCAGGAACAGAGAAUGGUACAGUUAAGUACUCUUUUUCUCAGACUUUCUGAAACAUGUUCAUGUGUUUGUAGUACCUCAGCAUUUAGCUCUUUUGCAGAAAAAAGAAACGAGGGUUUAAAAUACUAGGUGAAGAAAAUAUUGUUUUAACUCUAAUGUAUUAUGUGAUUUGUUUUUGUGGUAACAAUUUAUUAUAAUUUUUUUGCUAAUAUUUGAUAAUUACACUUUGAAUUUCUGUAAACGAUGGGAUCAUGAUAUAUACAUGUUCAUUGCUGUUCUUUUUGGAGAAAUUGGUUUCACUGUACUGUAUGCGAAAUCAUAUUUAUUAAAGUACCACUGUUGGAAAAAAAGGUUUUGAAAUAAAGCAUGGACGUCUUUUAAAAAUAAAAUUACAUUAAACGUUA